AGCUUAAAAACUAUGCAACUCUAUUAACAAGUUUUAGGAUAUUUUCCCGCCGAGUGAUUUCUUUGUGAAGAAGGACUUUGUGAAGAACCGUGAGGAUUGGCUGCGUAGUAUAUCGAAUCUGCUACCUCGUCAAAUGCUGAAAGCGCCAUUGGCACUCGCAUCUAUAAUCCAUGAGUACGAACCGACUGAGCUGCCGAUCAAGCCGUCCGAUUGGCUAAAUGCGCUCGAUAAAAUGCUUGGCGAUUUGCAGUUCACGUGCAAUGUCAACGAGAUUGCUCUUGCCAACAGCAUGAAUGGAGGUGAUACAUAUUACUACUAUUUCACGCACCGUGCGACGCAACAGACAUGGCCCGAGUGGAUGGGAGUACUACAUGGAUACGAGAUCAAUUUCAUAUUUGGCGAACCGCUGAAUACAGAGAGAUUCAAAUACACGAAGGAGGAGCAGGAGCUCAGCUACAGGUUUAUGCGCUACUGGGCCAACUUCGCUCGCACUGGGAAUCCGAAUAAAAAUCCAGAUGGGACUUAUACGGCAGAUGUGUGGCCAAUGUAUACGCAGGCUAGUAUGCAGUAUAUAAAUCUAACUGUUGAAUCAGAUUAUAGCGCAGGCGCUUCUCGGAUUGGAGUUGGACCGCGAAGGAAACAAUGCUCAUUUUGGAAGAAAUUACUGCCAAAUCUGAUGGCUGCUGUUGCAGACACAGGUGAUCAGGUGAUGCGCUGGAAGCAGGAGAUGUACCGCUGGGAGAACGACUACAUCGUCGACUGGCAGUUGUACUUCGAGCAGUACAAAAAAUACCAGACAUACCGAUACGCUGAUUCCGAAAACGGUCAGUGUUAA